UCAGAGGAGGAAAGGUGAGGACAAGAGAGAGUUCAACUCAGAGCAUCAGCACUUUUUUAAUUACUUAAAUAAACACUGUAAUUUUCAAUCAUCCAUGAUGCAUCAGGGAGUGAGGAUGAGUAUUUGAAAGACAAAUGACAAACAGAUUGUGUUUUCUGUUAAAGCCACUGCUCACUACUAUCCUCUCCCUCAUGACCAAAUGGGUUCUGAAGAUAAAUUCAGCCCCCAUGAGUCUACUGGUGGCUACAGCAGGGCUGACUCACAGUGAACACUUUCAACACAUUAUCACCACAGGACACACCAAAAAACAUUUUAUGUUUGGGAAAUCAAACGAAAUACGUUUAACACACAUUAGCACCCUGUAGAGGCUGCGACGCUCAAGAAACCCCCACUAUACAGAAAGUACUGGGACAGAAUGUACAACGUCCAGACAAUUUUGUAAUUCUUAGCGCUAGUGUGGAUAAAAAUGUCAAUAUUCUGCUACAUGGGAUAAUUUAUUAAAAAUGGAUAAUCACGUCAGUGGCAUGAUUGUAGUUUGAGAUAUUUUCUGUGCAAAAUGAGACUUUGACCUCAGGGUGCUGCUAGAGAAAAGCUAAUGGAGACAUUUUAUACAUGAAGUUCAGCUUUAUUUACCACAAGAAAUACUACUCAGUCUCUAAAAACUGUUGCAUAAUGUCUUCUGUGACUCUGGAGGGAGCUUUCCAAAGUUUGAAACAAGACUAAGAGUCUACAGCCAAUGAAAUGCUAACAUGCUGAGGUUUAGGAGGUACAAUGUUUAUGUAACGUUUAUCAUGUUCACCAUCUUAGUUUAGUGUGUUAGCAUGUUAACAUUUGCUAAUUUACCCUGAACACAAACGUACAGCUGAGGCUGAUGGGAUUGACAUAAUGUUUGCAGUUGUUUGGUCAUAAACAAAAGAAUAAAAGUCAGGAGAUCAUCAAAGUCAAGAGGUUAGUUAGGAUUCAUCCUCUGGUGACCAAGAAUGUCUACAAAAUUUCAUGGCAAUCCAUACAAUAGUUGAGACAUUUCAGUCAAGACCAAUGUGGUAGAACAACUGACCGACCAACAUCACUAUUCCACUAACCUGGCAAAACAAGUCCUAACAUGACAUCCUCAAUAAAAACGGGUUAAUCACUUUAAAUUUAAUGGCAACCUCCCUGGUAGAUUAUGAGAUAGAUUGUGUGCAAAACUGAGAUUUUGGCCUGAAAGAGGCCCAAGAGGAAAACUCAUGGAGUGUCAAAGAAGCAAUGGAUACAUUUCACAGCUUUCUGACAUAUUUUGGAAAAAGGACGUUUCUGAAAAUGUCAGUGUAAGAGGAUCACCAGAAACAUCAGGAGUCAUCCUCUGGGGACCAUGAAUAUCCCACAGUAAAUUUCAUGACAAUCUGGCCAGCAUUGUUGAGAGAUUUUGCUCUGGACCAAAUGGUUUGACAGAUGGAGAAACAAAAUUUCAGCUCCCACCUCCCCUGACAGAAGGCGCACUGCGUUGCUAGUUUUCCGGAUUGAAAACCAUGGCAUUCACCAAAGUGUUGCUCAAGGGUUUAUGAAUGAUUAAUCUCACCAGAUGAAAUAUCGAGGCAUAUCAGAUAAUUUUUAUAAAAAUCAAUUGAUAAAUAAUAAGCCAUUUGGAUGUUGAACUGUUUCAACCCGAUGCACUCUUUUCUAACAUUCACUGCUGGAGAUUUCAGCUCCCUCUCUCCCCUGUCGGCAGAGAGUUGAAGUCGCUGCUCUAAUCCAGCAGCACUCCCACUAGUGUGGCAGCAGUGGAGACAAGGACACAACGAUCUCUGGUCCACUCCUGAGGUUGAAAACCUACACAGCAGCAGCCUCCAGCAUCAGAGCUGUUGAUACAGUGACAGUGGAAUAGAUGCUAAUAUGACUCAUGGGUAGCUGGAGCGCAGGAUAAUCUGAACACGUCAGGCACUACAGAUCGGUAUGUUCAACAAAUACUGGCACCGUUUUCCCGCCCAAUUUAAAUUGUGAGCUCACAAAGACUAUAUCUGAGGAAACACUUCCCUCAUUAACACAGCUCCAGAAGCAGACAAACAGACAGACAGACAGACAUCAUGGGUAUUGUGGUCUACAACAUCUCCACCACCUCCGCUAGAGUGAGCUGGCCGUCGUUCCCCGGCUGCCUGGAUACUUUCUACAGCGUCAUGUACGACCCCAACUGGAACAGCCUGCUGAUGGGCUACAAGCGCAAAACUUUCAUGCACGAGGAACGCAUCCCCGUCAGUCAGACCAGCACGCAUCUGGCCAACCUCCUCCCACAGACCGCCUACUUCUUGUGCGUGACGUGUCAGGCCGCCAAUCCUGUUCGCGACCAAUGCCAGGUGUUCAGCACUCUGACUGAGAGCAGUGAAGGCCACGACAGGGCCGGCUGGGAGCUCGCCAUGGGUGUCUGGCUGACCUGCUGCAUCUUGCUCUUGCUCAUUGCCAGCAUCCUGUUGUGGGGAUGUCUCCACAACAUCUGCUCCAUCCCCAGCCAGGCCGCCAACAGCUGCCCUGUGGUGGCCAACGCAGCCCGCCAAGACACCUCUGGAUCCAGACACCUCUACACUGCCAGAGGAAGUAGCAACAACAGCGCCAAACAUGCUGCCGUCAUACAAACCCCGCUCCUUUCAGCUCAGACCACUGGCCACAUAAUUACCCAGGACCAUGAGCUGAGAACACUUGCUAAGCUGUCUGGCAGCGAGCCAGUAUGAAUCAACUGGAUUGAGGUCAUCACAGUAUUGUUCUGCAUGGACUGAAUUGUCUGUCGAGUAUUUUUACCCACUGAUGAAUUCCUAUUUGUGUUUAGGAGAAAUAGAGUGUUUCCAUUUAAAAUUAAAUCUUGCUGAACUAAUUCAAAGUUUUCAAUGAUGUUCAAAAUGUUUUGUAAUUGCGCAAAUAAUCGAUCCUGUCUGUAUUUGUUUGUUCUAUUGAAUGUGAAUGUUUCUCUCAUAAAUAACAAGAAGCUCAUGAAGGACUUUUUGAUUGAUUAUGUACUAUGAAUAUGAAUUGUUUUCCCUUUACUUUGCACACACAAGACAUUUCACACAUAGUUACCCAUAAUGAUGCUUUUCUAGAAAUCUAUCAAUACAUAUAUCAAUAAAGUAGUGAAUCUGUGGCUGAAAAUGUCGACCAUAGGAGAGCUCAUACACUGCCAGUCGAAUCAUGCCAAAAAUCAAUAAAGAUCAUCCACUAAUGGAAUAAGAGAAAAUGAAUUUAAAAAAGGACAAUGUUCUCUCUGUGGGUGAUGAUGAA